AUGGAGGUGGAUGGAAACGGGCAGGAAAUAUGGCACGACUACUUCAGCGUUCCGCAGUGGACGGAUGAACUGAAGAAUCCGAUCCUUCGUAUCAUCCACACGCUCUACAGCUCCAGUUACGCCACCAUCAUACACUUUAACGACCUGAGCUCGUCCACUGUGGAAAAGCUUCGCCAGGAUGAGGACUCCGACGUAACACUGGACGGUAUGACGGGGGUGUGCAAUGCACAGUGGUUUCAACGCAUGUGGACGGCCAUGGAAUUCGUGAGUAGCAGCCGGAUCAGGAUGAUGACGUCCGAUUACCAUCUCGACACUGGAGCAGACGAUCCAGCCUUUCUGGACAGGCUACAUCACGUAUGGGACGAGGAGGUCGUUAGGCAAGGCAGCGUUCACAAUGUCGAGAACAUGGUCGGGCUCCCCGAGAACCGAAACCUGGUGCCCUGGACGCUUGGGCCGCUGCGCGAGGUCAAGUCGCACAAGACAACCAGCUUCGCCAUGGCUUUUGCCCUCCUGGCGAGGCGGAAGUGCCGCGAUCGAAUGGACUUUCUCCAUGGCUUGCGCGGUAUUGUCGCCGCGAGGUCAGAGGCAGCCCUGCAGCCGGAUUUUCGGACGGAGUACCUCAGGGUCGCGCGAGAGUGUCUCCUCGCGGGCGACUACAGCCCCUUGCUCAUGACGCCGAGCGUCCCUCUGCUGGACGACCCGCGGCUGAACCCGCUGGAUCCAUGCAGCUACAAUGAGGUCUGGACCUGGGAAUUGGGUGAGGAGACGAGCCCCCCUUCGCUCCCGGUCGACGUAUCCUUCGAUGAAUCUGGCGAUAAAGUGACCUUGACACUAGAGAGAAUCGGCCUUGUUACGAUUGUCAAAUUCCCGAAUUGGGAAAGCACUUACGACCACUUUUCUCGGUGCGCCGCCUUCAGUCUCGAUCUCACCGGGCCGAACCUGGACGAUUUUAUUGUCUCGCUCGGAACAAGACUCUACGGCGAGCGCAAGGAGAUCAUCAUGGAGCAUCUCAAGGCCCACGAUAACCUCACAGAGCUUGAGGAACUGCUCCGGGAUCAGUACAACACUCCCUGGGCCGAACCAUGGUCGAUGUGCGGCGAGGGAGAGGAGUGCGCCGAGUGGCUCGCAGACAUCAUGUCCCUGACUACGGUCGUCGGCGAGCUCUCAGAGAGCCGUAUCGACCUGAGCUACGCCCGGUUCGCGACGAUGCACUGCCACCCGUACAACUACAUGGUCGGGGUCACAUGCACAACCUGCCAUGGGACAUUCGCUUUCCGCGUCGGCGCCUUUGCGCCGACGGCCGAGUUGCAUCGGGCCGUGGCAUACCGCGUUCCUGGGCUCAAGUAUAAGCUGUCGCACCUGGACGGCAUGGGCAUGCUGGUGAAGGACGGGCGCAUCGUGGGGCGCAUGAUCUGGGCCUCGCCCGCCUGCGAGUGUCGCGAGAGAGAGCUGGUGACGCUGCAGAUGCCGGACCUGCCUUCUCCGUUAUCGCAUGAUCACGACUGA